GAGUCUGUGCAAGCAGGGUUUGCCCAGAAUGAUCGCGAGCUUCGCCGUAAGAAUGAGAAGGAGCCGGCAGGGACAGUGGAUGCAGGCAGUGACAGCAGCUCUGAGGGAGAGGACGCUGAAGCCUAUAAAAAGCUGUACAACAGGAUGGAAGCCAAGUUGCGGCGAAUGUGCACGGUAAAGCAAACAGGCAAGUGCGAUGCCGACAAAAGCCUCUUGAAGCAGUGGAAAGAGAAAGGCCACAGCAGAACGCAGCUGGUCAAGCUGAUGAUUGAAGCAGAUGGAGCUCUUCAACCACAAGCUCAAGCUUUACCGCAAGACCGAACAAUUCCGGAACUGUUCGACGAAAGGUCCAAGGUGAAGAAGAUUGUCAAGUACUGCGAAGAACAUGGACUGACACGGACAAACAAGUACGACACGACCGAAACCGAGUACUGGGUUGACUACAGGACAGAGGGUGUGAGGGGUGUCAACGAGGUUGACGGCAUGGAAGAGACGGGCACUGGGCUCACCGACGGCUUCGUGGCACCGGAGCUGGACGAGUGCCCCAUGCCUUCGAAUCCUCAGCCAGAGGAUCUUCCGCUUGGGCUUCACAUGGAGCAGGGCAAGAAGGCCGAGCUUCUGUCGUGA